CGCUUUCUAAACCCCUGGUUCUACACCUUCCAGCCUUCUUCUUCUCAGAAUGCUAGAAAAAACGCCACUUGGAAGCAUGAUCUUUGCGAAGACGGUUGAUCGUCUUCUCUCCUCCUGAGUUCCUCUACCUGUCUUUAUGUUGUCUGCAUUUUAGUAUAUUCUAGGGUUGGUCUUUUUAUAGUCUAGUAGUAGUGCUCUAAGCUAAUCAGUGAGUCAAUGGAGAAGAAAGGGUCUGUGCUGAUGCUCCGUUAUGAGGUCGGCAAGUUUCUUGGUCAGGGUACCUUUGCUAAGGUAUACCAUGCUAGGAAUUUGAAAACUGGUGAUAGUGUUGCUAUUAAGGUCAUCGACAAAGAAAGAAUCCUCAAAGUUGGCAUGACCGAGCAGAUUAAGCGAGAGAUCUCUGUCAUGAGACUCUUGCGGCAUCCUAACAUCGUCGAGUUCCAUGAAGUCAUGGCCACCAAAUCUAAAAUCUACUUCGUGAUGGAGCAUGUUAAGGGUGGUGAGCUCUUCAACAAAGUGUCAAGUGGGAAGCUAAGAGAAGAUGUUGCAAGAAAGUACUUUCAACAGCUUGUACGCGCUGUUGACUACUGUCACAGCCGUGGAGUAUGCCACAGGGACCUCAAGCCAGAGAAUCUCUUGUUGGAUGAGCAAGGGAAUCUUAAGGUCUCUGAUUUUGGUCUCAGCGCUCUUGCUGACUCUAGAAGGCAAGAUGGGUUGUUGCACACUACAUGUGGGACCCCUGCAUAUGUUGCACCGGAGGUCAUAAGCAGGAGAGGCUAUGAUGGGUUUAAAGCGGAUGUGUGGUCCUGUGGAGUUAUAUUGUUCGUCUUGCUCGCUGGAUAUCUCCCUUUCCGUGAUUCCAAUCUCAUGGAGCUGUAUAAGAAGAUAGGCAAAGCUGAGGUCAAGUUCCCCAACUGGCUUGCUCCGGGGGCAAAGAGAUUGCUCAAGAGGAUCUUGGAUCCUAACCCGAACACAAGGGUAUCAACUGAGAAAAUAAUGAAGAGCUCUUGGUUCCGUAAAGGCCUGCAACCGCAAGAGGAGGAGAAAGAGUCAGUUGACGAGGAGACAGAAGUGGACGCAGAGGCAAACGCAAGUGCAGAGAAGGAAAAGAAGCGGUGUAUCAACCUGAACGCGUUUGAGAUAAUAUCGUUGUCGACGGGGUUUGAUCUCUCGGGGCUGUUCGAGAAGGGAGAGGAGAAGGAGGAGAUGAGGUUUACAUCGAACAGAGAGGCAUCUGAGAUAACAGAGAAGCUGGUGGAGAUAGGGAAGGAGCUUAAGAUGAAAGUGAGGAAGAAGGAACAAGAAUGGAGGGUGACAAUGUCGGCUGAGGCUACAGUGGUGGAAACGGAGGUGUUUGAGAUUGCACCGAGCUAUCACAUGGUGGUGCUAAAGAAGAGCGGUGGAGAUACGACGGAGUAUAAGAGAGUCAUGAAGGAGAGUAUAAGACCGGCUUUGAUCGACAUUGUAUUAGCUUGGCACUGAAACAUAUUCUAUUCUCUUUAUGUGUUUUCUUUUAAAUGUUAUUCUUGUUUUUGUUUUGCCAAUGUAUUUUCUCUCCUCAAGUCUCAUCUUAAGACGUGUUUCGAGACGUCAGUGUAACAAUUAUAUGAGGACCAAUUAUAUAGUUUGAGUUUAUGUCGGCCUCAUGUAACAAAAUAAAUAGAUUUUUUAUCA